GGCCUGGGAAAUUUAUAAGUAAAUAAAGACACAACAGGAAAGACUUGUGGGUUAAGUCUCAUCCUUCUCCGUGAAAGCACAGCUAAAGAAAAACUCAGAAAACCCAGGUAGCAGAAAAGUAUUUCCUCUGAGCACAAUGAUUCUUUAAGACAACUCCUCUGUGUAUGGGACUCAGUUUAAACAAGUUUGGAACAUUUAAUUUACACUUAAAUAUGAGAGAAGCUGUCCAAGAACCAUUAAGAAUAUAAUGAGGAUGCUAUAUUUCAUCCCAAUUUGUAAUCAGCUAAAUCACAGGAUAACCAAUGUGAAAAGUCUUUCAUCAUAUAUUCAACUUUGUUAGAUAGCUGAGAAUUACUAUUGGAGAGAAACCAUAUGAAUUUACUGAAUGUGGGAAAGCUUUCAUCCAUGUCACAUGUCAAGAGAUAAUAAGGAAUUCUUGUUGGAGAAGGUAUCUGUGCAUGAUAAGAAUGUUGGAAAGCCUUCAGCCUGAAUCAGAUCUCCUUCAGCAUGAUCAAAUUCAUGCUGGAGAGAAACCUUAUGAAUGUAAUGACUGUGGAAAAACAUUUAACCUGAAGCAAAACCUCGUAGAGCAUAAGAAAAUGCAUACUGGAGAGAAAUCACAUGAAUGUAAUGAAUGUGGUAAAGAAUUCUCUCGAGUCUCAUCCCUUACUCUACAUUUGAGAAGUCAUACAGGAAAGAAACCAUAUACAUGUAAUAAAUGUGGAAAAGCCUUCAGCCAGAAGGGAAACUUGCUUACUCAUCAAAAACAUCAUACUGGAGAGAAAACUUAUGAAUGUGGGAAAGCUUCUAUUCAGAUGCCAAGCCUUAUUAAACACCAGAGAAAUCAUAUUGGAAACAAACCCUAUGUAUGUAAGGAAUGUGGCAAAGCCUUCAAUGGAAAAUCGUAUCUCUCUGAGCAUGAGAAAAUUCAUACAGGAGAGAAACCAUUUGAAUGUAAUCAAUGUGGAAGAGCCUUCAGCCAGAAGCAAUACCUCGUUAAACAUCAGAAUAUCCAUAGUGGAAAGAAACCCUUUAAAUGUAACGAGUGUGGAAAAGCCUUUAGCCAGAAGGAAAACCUCAUUAUCCAUCAAAGAAUUCAUACUGGCGAGAAACCUUAUGAAUGUAAAGGGUGUGGGAAAGCUUUCAUUCAGAAGUCAAGCCUCAUUAGACACCAGAGAAGUCAUACAGGAGAGAAACCUUAUAUAUGUAAGGAAUGUGGAAAAGCCUUCAGUGGGAAAUCAAACCUCACUGAGCAUGAGAAAAUUCAUAUUGGAGAGAAACCCUAUAAAUGUAAUGAAUGUGGAACAAUCUUUAGGCAGAAGCAGUACCUCAUUAAACAUCACAAUAUUCAUACAGGAGAGAAACCCUAUGAAUGUAAUAAAUGUGGAAAAGCCUUCUCUCGAAUCACAUCUCUCAUUGUACAUGUGAGAAUUCAUACAGGUGAUAAGCCUUAUGAAUGUAAAAUAUGUGGGAAAGCCUUCUGUCAAAGCUCAUCUCUUACUGUGCAUAUGAGAAGCCAUACAGGUGAGAAGCCCUAUGGUUGUAAUGAAUGUGGGAAAGCCUUCUCUCAGUUCUCAACUCUUGCUCUGCAUAUGAGAAUCCACACUGGAGAAAAACCUUAUCAGUGUAAUGAAUGUGGGAAAGCUUUUAGCCAGAAGUCACAUCAUAUUAGACACCAGAGAAUUCAUACUCAUUAAAACUCUAUGAACACCUUGAAUUUGGGAACACCUUCAAGAGAAUUCAUGUUAAACAGUAUAUCAGAAAAUUUAUUUUACAGUAAAGUCACAUGAAUGUGGAAAAUCCUUCAGCAACAGCUCAAAAUGUAAUAUACUGAGAAUUUAAUAACUAUCACAGUAUCAUGAAAACCUACACCCCCAAGACCCCCACAACAAACAUUGUUCCUGCUGUACUUUUAGGAGCAUUCUCAUUAAAGUAAGGAUCCUGUCAUGGACACUAAUCAGCAUGGUUCUGGAAGGCCUACUUGAUGCAUUCAGACAAAGAUAUGCAAGGUAUUAAGAUGUGAAAUUAAGAGACAAAAUUGUCUU